CUUACAAUACAGUGCGCGAUCAAUAUUUAGAGUUAAGAAAUACCCUCUGUGAGUCAGAGUCGUGUUGUGUGUGUGUUUAUUCGGUUACAUUUUCACGUCAAGAUGUCUCUUUUUGGGAUUAAACUAUUCGGCUCAAAGAAAACACCUCCUACCCCAGCGGAGGCAAUCCAAAGGUUGAGAGAUGUAGAAGAAAUGUUGAUGAAAAAGUCCGAUUUUCUCGAAAAGAAGGUUGAGGCAGAACUUCAAACAGCCAAGAAAAAUGGAACCAAAAACAAAAGGGUUGCCUUGAUGGCAUUGAAGAGGAAGAAGAGAUACGAGAAGCAACUAACUCAGAUUGAUGGUACUUUGUCAACAAUAGAGUUCCAGAGAGAGGCAUUAGAAAAUGCAAGCACAAACAGUGAAGUGCUUAAGGUGAUGGGCACUGCUGCUAAAGCCCUUAAAGGUGCACACGACAACAUGGAUAUUGAUCAAGUACACAAUCUAAUGGACGAUGUAGCUGAACAACAAGAAAUUGCUAAUGAAAUUUCAGAAGCAAUUUCAAAUCCAACUGGAUUGGGUGAAGAUUUUGAUGAGGAUGACCUUUUGUCUGAACUGAAUGAGCUGGAAGAAGAAGAGUUGAACAGACAACUCCUCGAUGUCAAUGUUGAUGUCCCUCAAGACCUGCCUUCCGUCCCAACAUCAGAACCCGAGGCCGCAGCUGCAUCUUCGUCACGGCCUAGACCUGUUGCAGCCAGGGCUGACGAUGAUGAUGAUAUGAGAGAACUUGAGAUGUGGGCUUCCUAAACUGUCACUGUUGCUGCAACUAGCAUGCAGCAACGUUGUCUUUUCAUCUGCGAGAGCUAUACUAAAUACACACUAUCACUGAUGUCAUCACACUACGAACCCUUCAGAGAAUAUUCAUCCAUUGAACAACUGUCGAAAACGUAUUCUGCUUCAGUCUGUGCCCAUUGUAGUCUAGGUAUAAUUAAUAAUCAGUGUGAAAUUGAUUUAGUGUCUGUCUAUGGUCAAUGUCAUUGUUCACUGCAGCAUUCAAAUACAUCAUAAAAUUUGAGUAAACAGGCAAUGAAUGACUUUAAUCCACAUGCUGGGACUGCCUGCUAGGUCGAAUCAGGUCCUCCGUUACACUCAGUAUUUCCUGGAUCUUGAUAGUGAUAUUUAUUGAUCCUGUGCAAGAGGUCAUUGGGUACAAGCAUAGAUACAACAAAGAUCACAGAUAUGGAGGACAUCUGAGCCUAGCGGGGUUCUAUGUUCUUUGCAUCAGAGUGCCACAUCUACAAUCGUAAUGGAGCCCAUUUCUGGUGCUCUGCCGUGAUAUUGCUGGAAUAUUGCUAAAAAGCGGCGUAAAACCCAGCUCACUCACUCACAAUCGUAAUGGCAUGGUGAAAAUUGCAGAUGCCUGAAGGCACGUUUUGAAAUCAUGUUUUUACCUUAGUAUCUUGUGGUAUUUUUUAUACGUGACAGGUGAUAAAUUUACUUUUCAACAUCUGAACUCAUGACAAAUGGUGAACGAUUAGUGUGAUUAACUUUAACCUGAGGAUGCCGACAGUCAAAAGGGUCUCAUCUCUAUGAAAUGGAAGGGUGAAAACGUACCAAAUUACAACUGCUAGAUAUGUAGCUGGUAAUAAAAUGACAUUCACAAAGUUCAGAGACAGAUCAAGAGUAUUGUUGUUGGUGCAAUUAAAUCCCAAAAGGCAUAUGAAAACAUCUUAAAGUAGACACACUGUAAAACACUGGAUAUGAAAUAUGUUAAUCCCUGCACGACGAUCAUCACCUUAGUGGUUAUCUGUUUCUAGUCACUGACAAUGUAGAUGAAAGAAAAUAAAUUUGGCCUUUAAUAACUGUGGUCUUAAGUGGUUUUUGUCAUAGAGGCAUCUGUAAAAACACAGGUGUAUGUCUAUGCGAGAAAAUAUAUGUGAUCUGUGAAUGACUCCUGCUCAUAUUUCCUCCUGAGACCAGUGAUGCCAGUGAUAAUGUGUGUUUGAGUGGCAUUUGACAUAACUACUAGUUGAUGUGUACCAUAUCCUCAGUUGUGUACCAAUGGAGUUAUACAGUAGUAAUCAAUCUAUAUGAAUAUGAGGUAUGCUUCGUUUCAUCAACUCUUUCUCUUUUAUGCGUUUGUAUUUUCAUAAGUUUCUACUAACUUCUGGAAAGUUUAAUAUCAAGAACAAAUGACAGGCUCCCACUAUUAUUAAGUAAAAGCUAAUUCCCAUGCCGUUAUAUGCCUGUUACUGUAUGAUAUUAAUCUUGAUGUCAUAUUUACAUGAGUGUAGAUCUUAUGUUAUGAUUCUAAUAUACAUGAAACGAAAUAUGAGUCUAUAUUUGUGUCCUGAUUGCACUCCCUGAUAUGUGUAUACACUGACAUCAUCUUGAUACUUGUGUCAAAUGCUUCCAUGUGUGGCUUUGUAUUGAUUCCUUCAUCUAACAAGGACAGUGUCAUGUUAUUACUUGAUACUUGACAAGUCUAAUCAGUCAGCCAUUGCUUGGCAGUACUAUGAUAUGGAAUAUAGAGGUAAAAUCAAACUUAAAGGAAUCAGGAUUAUUUCACCAAUUUGUUCAUGGCUGUUAACCAUAAUUUAACAUGAUAUUUGUCAGAAAAGUGUAAUUUAUAAUAUUAUUGAAGGCUGUUUGUUUUAAGGAAAACAUAAUGGAAGCUGGAGGAUUGUUUGAGUAAUUAUUAACUGCCAGGGAACUUCAACCCAUGAAGCUGGUGAUCAGUUGCAGCCCCAUCUCUUCCUCUGUGUUAUGCUUGUUGGGUGAUUCAACAACUCAAAUCCUACAAUUUUGCUGAACCAGUAUGGCCUUCAAGUGAGCAGAACAUUUGAAUAGACUGGGCCUGGAAUUAAGGGCAUGUUACUGCUUAGAUAUUUCUUUCCAUCAAACAUCAAUACAGGUGUGAAAUACUAUCAACCCUUGUACUAACAACAUAUUUUACAUUUUGUUUUAUAAUUAUUGAUAAGGACAUCAAAGUCUUAUUACUUGAUAUUGCAGUUUUAAUACGGUUGCUAUGCAUACUUUAUGGUUAUUGUUACAUUUGUGAAUUUUAGCCUCUUCCCACCCUGUUUUGAACUAUUCAAGAAUGAUCACUUGAAGUUUCACAUUCUGAUCUCCUCUCCCAGGCACACUGGAGUAUUGAUUUUUGUCCACAUACUGCAAGAAACAAACAGCUAUGUUAUUAUUCUAAGUCCUAAUAUCAACUGGCCAAUAUGUUUUUUUCUUAAGUGGACAUCUUUUUUCAAAACAUCAGUAUAUAUAUAUGAACAUAUUAGUGGUUUCUUUGAAGUGAGACAAUAUAUCAUACUCUAUGUUAGAAAAUUUGUGUCAAAAUUGUGCUGUUGAAUGUAUUACAAUGUAAACUGACAGUACAAAUGUGUAGAUGACGUGUUGCUUAGUGUCACGUGAUCUAUUUGUGGCGCUGAAACACUUGCAUGCUGCUAUGCUGUCUAAACUGAAAUGUAAAUAUUGUGCCAUAGUGGUAAGCUGGAUGCUGUUUGGAGAGGUAUUGUGCCUGUAGAAAUAUGUACAAAUAUGUGUAAAAUUUGUGUACAGGGUUAUUCUUGUCCUAUAUAUAUCAUAUCGCUGUUAGAACUCAGCUCUGUCAACACUUAUCAUAUUUUGAUAAAUAAUUCAAUAAAAUUGUUAUCACCAAAUAUGCUUUUUAUGUGGAUUUUGUCCAUAUUGGAUAUACAAGAGUUCCUGUUGAUUUUACAGUUGAUUAUUCUUUGUUUCAAGGUAAUGGGAGAUACUAUCAAUGUGUACUGUAAUAACUACACGUGCAUGAUGAUAAGUUGUUUUGAAGGAAGUAGUAUACCAUCCACCAUGGCUCCUGAGAUGGGCGUCUGUUCAGCAGAUUGGUAAAUCAAAAAAGAUAACUUUAAAAAGUUUGUGUAAGGCUGAUUUCAGACAAAUUUCAAAUAUGGUACAACUACAUUUCAUUUUAAACAUUGUCUGGAUGCUUAAGUAUUGUCCAUUUGCUAUUUAGAAAUCUGGUACAUAUGUAUCAUAUUGUUUAUUGAUGCAUCCAGUGCAGUCAUGACAUAGUAAGCACAGACUUGUUAAUGAGGUAUUCAUUUUAAAAUACCUCAUGCUCUAGGCUAAAAUCUAGAUUCUUGUUUCUGCAUAAUUUUGUGUAUAUGUUGAUAUUAACCUACACUGUUACUAUAGGAAGCGAGACAAUAUAUUAAAAAUGUCUUAUUUCUGAUGAAAGUAUUUCUGAUUUAUGUUCAGCUGAUAUGUAUGUCAGAUCUAGACAGGACUUGUAGCAAAGCUAGAUGUGUACCAGAUAACGUUAAUUAUGUACCUGGUUAUAGUGUUUGACAUAAAAAAACUGAAUGAUUUUGAGGUUUCUUUUCUAGUUUCAUCCUCAUUUCUCAGCUGGAGAUCACCAUUACUUAUCACAUACAGGGACAAUGGCUUCAUGUCAACACAUAGGACAUAGGCAAUCUAAAGAGAAAGAUGAAUUUUCAUCCUCCCAGAAGAUACAUUUAACAAGAAACAUGGCUUCAGGGAGUGAGCACCCAAUAUUGACCCUAACAUUAUUAGAUCCGUUGACAACAGUUUAUCUUUUCCUUAAUGUAUCAUCUUUCAAUUGUGUGUCUGUUUAUGAUUUCAUUGUACUUUACCCUUCUUAGAAUCUUUUUGCUUGAGUUUUUUUUCAGUGGAAACCGUUCAAACAUUGUUUGUAAAUUUGAAAUCUGAGUCAAUAAAUUAUUGAAAUAA